AUUAUGACGUCAAAUUUGUCAUUGAAUAGAGCAUUAUUUUAAAGCAAAAUGGCUACAGCAAAGGCAUUGUAGUGUUUGGAUAGUAAACUUGCCCAGAAGUGGUAGAAUUUGAGUGUAGACUACACUUGCUGGUCCAAGAAAGUCUUGUGACUGCCUGCUACUGUCCACUGCAUCCAAGGAGGGAGAAGAAGAGAGAAGGAAACAUAAUUCAUUAGUGGAGUCCUUCCUAGACUGUGAAGAUAAUCACUCAUGGAUUACAAGACAGAUGAAGGACUCAUGAGUAAAAUCCACGCUCUUGUUGCCCCUCCUCAAAACAACCAGUCCUCAAAAAACCGUGGGAGUCGAAAGAUUAAGACAACUGUUAACGGGCCCACUUCGAGCUCAAUCAUUGCCAAGCACCCUGCGAUUCAGAACCACCCGUAUUGUGAUGCUUGUGGGGAUGGCGGAAGCUUACUCUGCUGUGACAAAUGUCCCAGCUCGUUUCAUUUCUUCUGCUGUGACCCUCCACUGGACCCUAAGAAUCUUCCCAGUGGUGACUGGCUCUGUAGGCGUUGUAGAGCAGGUUCUGUGGGGGAGGGGGUGCCCCCUUUAUUCAAGCCACUAAUCAAAAUGGCCACGGAGGCAAAUCCUCUGAUAUUCGACAUUCCUCCUACUCUACAAAGAAAGGAUGUUCUGCCUGGGGGCAGUAGGAAAGACCUUCAACCCAGGAAUCGUAGACACCCACCCUCCACGGGAGAGGAAAAGCAGAAAUUUUGCUUCACCUGCAACAAGAGCUCGAGGUUUGGUCCGCUAGUAUCAUGUGACUUCUGUCCACUUCUGUUCCACCUGGACUGUCUGGAUCCCCCGAUGACCGCCCUACCCACCACCAUAUGGAUGUGCCCUGUUCACCCUAAUCACAAGAUUCCUGGUACUGAUCACCCUCGCCUGACCCAGCGCCUUAGGGCCAUGGAUGAGAGCAGGAUGGAUGUGGCACAGCACACCAUCAAGAUGGACUUUGUUAACUGUGUCAGAAAAAUCCCUGCUCACAAACGCAUCACCAAACACCACAACAGAAGAGUGACUGCAGUGCCCCGCCCUAUCAAGUCUCUGUACUCACACCCGCUCACGGACGUGUCCCACAUUUCUCCCCUCUCGUUGACCUUAGUGACCCCUGCCGAAGUGGUUGAGAGACGACGAUGUGAAGAGGAGAGAGAGAGGCGUCUGAUUGGACGACCACGCCAACCUGCCCUCACACAUGACCAGGAUGAGUGGACCAGACGAACAGUUCUGUGUCAUCUAAAGGAUCAAUCAUCAUCACCCCUCAACAGUCACACUUUUCACCACCCUCUCCACACCUUCAAUGAUCAGUCCGACACACUUGCUGCCCAGGCAUUACUGGAGCUAGCCUCUAGCGGUCACACGGUUGUCUCAAUACCUCUCAAAUACUCUCUACAUAAUGGAAUUGUCAAAGCUCAGACAGAAAACAACAGAAAUACUUUCUCUGUGGAUGAAAAUGCCGCAUCCUUGAAUAAUAAACUCAACGCACCAGCUCUUAAUGGAGAUAUUAGCAAUGAUAGAAUUUUGGAUUUCACAAUUGAACAUUCUCCAGAACAAGGAAACGUGCCUCAAGAAACUGUUAAGUCGAUGGUUACCGAUAAUGGUGGGAUUGAACCACCAACGUUAGGCUUAGAACACAUGGACAUUGAUGGAAGUGAUGUACUUCAACCCUCGGAGGACUUGCUGGUGAAUGGUACCAUAGGGUCCAAUGGUGAUGAUGUGGAGGCUAUAAAGAAAGAGUGUGACGAUCUGGAUGAAGAAAAUGACGAUGUUGAAGUCGUAGAUGUUGUAGACUGUGAUUCACAACUUGAUGGGUUAGAGGCAACAAAUGAAGAAAGCGACAUGGAGGUGGAUGUGGGUGGACCAAGGACCACCUACAAUGUGGGAUUUGUCCCUGAUCUCUCUGUUUUGAAUGAUGAGAUUAUUCGCCUGCUGGCCACACAGAGAUUACAGGAGCUGUUCUCUGGCCAAACCCAAUCACAGGCUAAUGACAGGGACAUAUCGGAAUCUCCCCCUCACCCCGACAAUCAUUCAGACAAAGGUGUGAGCAGGAGGCGGAAUGGGCUUGUACCAGAGCACUCCACCCCCUCCCCUCCCCCUGCCACCAAUCAAGACUGUCUUAGUAAAGGAGUGUUGAAUAGUGCCAUUGCUCUCCUCUGUCCUUUAUCAGCCGAGAAACUGGCUCACCCCUUCAACAAUAAAGUCACUUACCUCGGAACAGGGUCAAGCGUGGACCUUGACCUCCUUCAGUAUGGACACUGCAACUAUGUCUCAACCAACCAUGCCUGCAUCUUUCUGGAUAAGGAAACUGGAGAUCUGGAACUGAUUAACUAUAGUGAGAAUGGAUCUGUGGUGGACGGUGUUCUCUUCUCAUGUGACAUCUCUGAUAAGGACCUCUCUCCAAAUGAACAACCUACCACUCUCACUCUCGAUGAUAUAAUAGGAACGGGUAGUGGACGAAGAGCAUCCAGGUGCAGAGCAAAAUUGGAAGCUGCUAGGCAUGCCCUAAAAGACAAGCAGAAAGCUAAGAUUGCCCUAGAAGGAGCUCUGAGACUCACGAUACCUAUAAGUGCACAAGACGAUGCCUUGCUGGCUGAAGAACUGUCCAAGAGUGAGGGAUUAAUGACAAGAACUGGAUUGAAACGCGUGUCGAUUGAAAGCACCCAGAAUCCGUCCGUUGUGAGUAUACCCCUUUCAAAAGCUCGCAAACUGGAACUUACGGAAAACAAGAAAGAAAUUAAUAAAAAAUCAGCCUCCAAGUAUCCAUCACAACCUGUUCUAAGAGACUCCACUACAAAUUCAGGGAAAUCACAAUCUUCUAUCUGUGAAAGAACAAUUCACAAAGACUCCACAUCUAGUAUACCGACAGUGAAGUGUUUCCCAACAAGACCGUGUCUGUGUGAUAGCAACGACGAUGCCGAGAGACGUGAUGAGAGACUGGAGGGCACUGCAGUGUUAACGCAUGGUAGCAGAUUAAGAUUCGGGUGUUUGGAGUUUGUGUUGAGUAUGGCAGGUUGCCCUGGACACAGUGAACUGAUAUCUGUACUGCUAGAACAGUCUUAGACCCUUAUCAAUUAUACCCAUGAAUCAAUGUGUUAUGUACAAUUGCUCUGUCUUUACUUUUCAAAGUUUCGAUCUGCACGUGGUUUAUUAUUUUUUUGUCAAACACCUUCAACAUGCAUGACUGUAUAUUGUCAUAUCCCCAGCUCUA